ACGAUGAAGGUUUGUGUUUUGUUUGGACAAUUUAUUAUUUGUAUUUUGUCGUGUAGACUGUGAAGACGUUAGAAGGUGGUGCUUGUUUUUUCAUUAGAUGCCAAGGAACGUUCUUGAGCGAAUAAUUUCUAAAUAUAUACCUACAUUGAAUUUCAUACUGGUCUAUUAUAAACGAGUGGUUGUAAACUACCUUUGAGAUGGCUGAUUCCGAGAUUCAAAAUAAUGGAAGUGUGGAAAAAGAACAAAGACCUAAUGGUGGUGGAGAUGAGGGCGACGCAUGGGGAAGUCUUGACUCAUCAUCCGUACAUCGGUAUGCCAAAAUGCCCGUACACCGUAACGCUCAAAGGUACAACAUGCAGCAUCCGAAACGUGGUAUGGCACUUAUUUUUAAUCAUGAGACUUUUGAUAUACACAACCUCAAACAGCGAACGGGGACGAGCGUCGAUAGUGAUAAUUUAUCUAAGGUUUUAAAGAGUUUAGGUUUUAAAGUAACCAUACUCAACAACUUGAAAUCCGAGGACGUAAACAUGUACCUUCAGCAAACAGCUGAAAUGGAUCACUCGAAUUAUGACUGUCUACUCAUAGCUGUGCUGACCCACGGGGAAAUGGGCAUGCUGUAUGCGAAGGACACUCAUUACAAGACUGAUAAUCUAUGGUACUACUUUACAGCCGAUAAAUGUCCCUCACUAGCAGGAAAACCAAAGUUAUUCUUUAUUCAAGCUUGCCAGGGUGACAAGUUGGAUGGAGGUAUUACUUUGUGUAACAGAACUGAGACAGAUGGUUCAUCUCACAGUGCUCCAUAUAAAAUACCAAUCCAUGCAGACUUUUUGAUUGUAUUUUCAACUGUGCCUGGGUACUUCUCCUGGAGAAAUACCACCCGUGGAUCAUGGUUCAUACAAGCACUUUGUGAGGAGCUUCGUUAUUCAGGUACUGAAAAUGACAUCUUAACACUCCUAACGUUCGUUGCCCAGAGAGUUGCUCUGGACUUUGAAUCUAACACCCCGGAUGUUUUACCCAUGCAUCAACAGAAGCAAGUGCCUUGCAUCACCAGCAUGUUAACAAGGCUACUGGUUUUUGAGAAGAAACAAAUGUAAUUUUCCAAAUAUUUUUAUAGAUUUAUAUUUGUUAUAUUAGUAUGAAACAGUACAUAGCAUAAUAUUCUAUUAACUUAAAUACUAAGUUUUUCUAUUUUAUUUGGUGCAUUUUAUGGUUAAAAAUGUUUCAACGGCAAUACUCUUGAAAAUUCAGACGAAAGCAUUUAGUGUCGAGCGUGUUUUUAUAUGAUAAUUACUCAUAGUAUGGAUUUAAUGCUUGAGCUUUAUUUCAAUAAUGUUAAACUAAAUGUAACAAUAUUAAUGUAAUAUUAGUAUUUGUUGCUUGUUUAAAAAUUGAACAAUUACUAAAAUUAUGUGUAGAUUAUAAAUAAUUCUGAACAAAUCAUGCUCAAAUGUGCACAAGCUUUGUAUAAGAGAUUCUAAAGGAAUUAGAUGUAAUAAAAUGAAAUUAUCCAUUUGUUAAGCUUUAGUACUUAAGCUCACUGCCAGUAAUUCUAUUCUGAAAAAUGAUUGCAUGCUACGGUUAACAUAUCAUGGGCUCAAAAUGUUUGAAAAUCCUUUUACUUAUUACAUUCAAUCUUCGGAAGAAAAGUAUUUCUUUUUUUUAUUAUUUACAUUAAGUAUCUUUUAAGAUAAAGCUUUUUAAGUUUCCUGUAGAGGUCAGCACUAUUUGGUGCUGAUGAUAAUGAAAUAGUUGUUAAUUGCCAUUUGUUGUAUUUUUUUUUUUUGUUUGAAGCCAUUAUGUGUAUAAGGCCACUCCUGUUAUACCUCUAUAAUUGGAAUGUGUGAUACCUCUUUGGUACUGUACUGAUUAAGAUUGUGGUAGGAAAAAAUUCCUUUGAAGAGAUUGUUUUAUAAAUUAUAUGAUUUGUAUAAAUUUGUGCCUUGAAAAAAGACAUAAAAAAAAUUUUUAGUUUUUACAAGAAACUCAAAUCUCUUCAUAGAAAUUGUGAUGUAAUGCAGACAUAUUUUUGGUAUUAAACACUAUUUUUAUGUGUCUAAGCAAUAAAUUUUUUCCAUAUUUGAA